UUUUCUCUGACUUUCUUCCUCUCAUCUCCCAUUCCGCCCUCUGUCUCCCAGCUGGUGGUGUCUGUCUGUGACAGCAUGAAGGAUGUCAGGUGCUGUGUCUCGGAUGCUGUGUCUCAGAUGCUGUGUCUUAGAUGCUGUGUUUCCGGUGCUGUGUCUCAGAUGCUGUCUCAGAUGCUGUGUCUUAGAUGCUGUGUCUCGGAUGCUGUGUCUCAGAUGCUGUGUCUCGGAUGCUGUGUCUCGGAUGCUGUGUCUCGGAUGCUGUGUCUCGGAUGCUGUGUCUCGGAUGCUGUGUCUCGGAUGCUGUGUCUCAGCUGCUGUGUCUCAGCUGCUGUGUCUCAGGUGCUGUGUCUCGGAUGCUGUGUCUCGGAUGCUGUGUCUCGGAUGCUGUGUCUCAGCUGCUGUGUCUCGGAUGCUGUGUCUCGGAUGCUGUGUCUCAGCUGCUGUGUCUCAGCUGCUGUGUCUCAGCUGCUGUGUCUCAGCUGCUGUGUCUCAGCUGCUGUGUCUCAGCUGCUGUGUCUCAGCUGCUGUGUCUCAGGUGCUGUGUCUCAGCUGCUGUGUCUCAGGUGCAGUGUCUCAGGUGCAGUGUCUCAGGUGCUGUGCUCCCUUCUGCAGAGGAGAGAAGAAGAGGGAUGAAUAAAACAUCCCUCGCUUCUCUCCUUUUCUCUCCUUUCUCGACCCUGCUAUUCUCAUCUCUCCUCUUCUCCUCUUUCCUCUUCUCUUCUCCCCUUUCUCCUCUCCUCUCCCCUGCUAUUCUCAUCUCUCCUCUUCUCCUCUCCUCUUUCCUCUUCUCUCCUUCCUCCUCUCCUUUCUCUUCUCUCCUUUCUUCUCUCCUCUCCUCUCCCCUCUUCUUUUCAACAAGGUGCCUUUUAGCAAACUCCAAGCGGCCUGUCUCGGACGUCUACGGACAAUUCCUUCGACCUCAUGGCUUGGUUUUAACUCUGACAUGCAUUGUCAACUGUGGGACCUUAUAUAGACAGGACUUGAGCCCUAGGACCAUGCGUCAGGACUACCUGGCCUGAUGACUCCUUGCUGUCCCCAGUCCACCUGGCCGUGCUGCUGCUCCAGUUUCAACUGUUCUGCCUGCGGCUAUG